AUGACUGUUGAAUAUACAACUUCCGAUUUGGCGACCUAUCAGAAUGAGGUGAACGAACAAAUUGCCAGAAAUAAAGCACAUCUUGAUUCGUUGACUCAUCCAGGUUCGAAAGUGACAUUCCCCAUCGACCAAGAUGUUUCUGCCACACCUCAAAAUCCGAACUUAAAAGUUUUCUUCUUUGAUAUCGACAAUUGCCUUUAUAAAUCAUCCACAAGAAUUCAUGAUCUUAUGCAGCAAUCUAUUUUGAGGUUCUUCCAGACGCACUUGAAACUAUCACCUGAGGACGCUCACGUAUUGAAUAACACGUAUUAUAAAGAGUACGGGCUUGCCAUAAGAGGACUUGUAAUGUUCCACAAGGUGAACGCGCUGGAGUAUAACCGGCUUGUGGAUGAUUCUUUACCCUUACAAGAUAUUUUGAAACCUGAUAUACCAUUAAGGAAUAUGUUGUUGAGAUUGAAACAAUCGGGGAAGAUUGACAAAUUGUGGCUUUUCACCAACGCGUAUAAGAACCACGCUAUACGUUGCUUGAGGUUGUUGGGUAUAGCAGAUUUAUUUGAUGGAUUAACAUAUUGUGACUACUCUAGAACAGAUACACUGGUCUGUAAGCCACAUAUCAAAGCUUUUGAAAAAGCCAUGAAACAAAGUGGGUUGGCAAACUACGAGAAUGCUUACUUUAUAGAUGACAGUGGGAAAAACAUCGGGACAGGUAUCAAACUAGGCAUGAAAACAUGUAUCCAUUUAGUAGAGAAUGAAGUCAAUGAAAUUUUGGGGCAGACACCUGAAGGUGCUAUUGUCGUUAGGGAUAUAUUGGAGUUACCGCAAGUUGUACCCGACCUAUUCUAA